AUGUGCACAAAAACCCAUCUCCGUUCUUUCUACUUCAUCAUUCUCUCCGAUAAAACAAUCCAAUCUAUGGACAAAAAGGUCAAGUGGAGCUGGACCUCCGCCCUUAUCGGAGCGGCAUCAGCGGUGGCAGCCACGGCGGUGCUCUCAGCGAAGCCCAAGGACCCCACCUUCCACCUUAUCUCCAUCAACUUCACAUCUUUCAAGCUCAACCUUCCAACCAUCCUCGAUGCAGAACUAGUCCUCACAGUCCAUGUCACCAACCCCAACAUCGCACCCAUUCACUACUCCUCCACCGCCAUGUCCAUAUUCUACCAGGGAUCCCUCCUCGGCUCGGCCGCUGUAGCUGCCGGCUCCCAGCCCCCACGCUCCUGCCAGCUCCUCCGCCUCCCUGCGCGCCUCCGCGGCCUGGAGCUCGCCCAGCACGCCAAGUGCUUUGUCGCUGACGUGGCCAGGCGGGAGAUGGUGCUUGACGCCGCCGUGGAUAUCAGCGGCACCGCCAGGGUGCUUUGGUGGGACCACAAUUUUAAGGUGCACGUUGACAGCCACGUUACCGUCGAUCCUGUGUUCCUUGAUGUCAUUGAUCAGGAAAAUACUUCGGAACUUGAACUUUUUGCCGCUUAAUUAGUGAAACUGAAUAAUGAGCCAGUAAUCAGUGAUGGAAUUUGGGAAUGUACUCCAAACAAUGGAGAGGAAAAUUGUUAUUUUUGGGAAUUGGUGAUAAUCAAAGCUUUCAAUCGUUUUAUUUUUUCUUCCA